AUGGCUCUGGAAAAAGAGUUAGAAGUUUUUGUUGGCAAAUUAGAGAGAAUUCGGAGUAAUCGGAUUUCCUUGGAAGCAAUUAGAGGAUUAAUGGUAAAUUAUCAAAAUGAAAGAAAACCUUUAAAAGCAAUAGCCAAUUUAAGAAUUUCACCUAAUCAUGAACUAAUUGCCCGGGCUUUUGAACCAAAAAUGACACCCUUAAUCAGUAAAACGAUUUUAGAUAAUCAGUUAGGAUAUAAAGUUGAAAGAAGCACCAAAGAAGAGGUUUAUUUUGCCCUCACCCCCAUCACUACCCAAAUCAAAGAAAAACUAAUUAAGGAGGCAAAAUUGAUCACUGAGGAAGGUAAAAAAAAUUUUCGCCUUAUUCACCAAGAACUUAAAAACUGGUUAAAAAAAGAACCUCAUCUUUCUCAGGACCAAAAAAAGAGUUAUGAAAAACAAGCGGAUAAAUUGGUUAAGGAGUAUCAAGAUAAAUUACUAUCAGCCGAAGAAAAAAAAAUAAAAGAACUAAAAAUAAAUAAAAAGAACAAGAAAUUGCCGCCUAUCCAUCCCGGGGAAAUUUUGCGAGAAAGAUUAUUAAUUCCUCGUGAUAUCAGUCCCCAAGAAUUAGCAACGGCACUAAAAGUUCCUAAGGAACAGAUAAACACUGUUGAAUUCUGGCUUAAUUUACAACGCAGUUAUGAGGAAGAAAUAGCAAGAGAAAGAACUGAAUUAUUAAAAGAAGAAAUUAUUCCUUAUAAAGUCAAGCGAGGAAAUUCUAGGGAAUACAUGGAAGUGGCUAAUGCCCGAGAUAAAAGAGAUUUUAAUAUGUUUGCUCUGGAAAAAGGAGCCAAAACCUCUGAUUUGCGUCUAGAAUUAAUUCAAGGAACUAAAAAUUAUUACAGCAUUAGAACUGGCGGACCAUGA